AUGCCCAUGUCCCCAGCAGUUGCCCCCAUCCAGGUGCCUAUAAGGUAUGUCCCUGCCUCAUUGGGGCUGGGGUUUUCUAUUGUGAGGGUGUCCAAAGUGAUUGUUCCUUAUCUCCUCACCCCAGGCAGUGGGCAGCAGUCGGUGACUGGAGUUACGGCCGCAGACGAUGGUAACAGUUACUGGCGAAUCCGUGGGAAGACGUCGACUGUUUGUGAAAGAGGAACAUUGGUUAAAUGUGGACACUCUAUCCGUCUAACACAUGUCAAUACAGGACGUAAUCUACACAGCCAUCACUUCACAUCUCCAUUAUCAGGAAACCAGGAGGUCAGUGCAUUUGGAGACGAUGGAGAAGGAGAUAUCUUAGAUGACUGGACUGUACUCUGCAAUGGGGAAUUCUGGCAGCGCAAUGAAGAAGUGAGGUUCAAGCACGCGUCUACAAACGUACUGCUGUCUGUCACAGGAGAACAAUAUGGGCGUCCUAUAAAUGGACAGAGAGAAGUGCAUGGCAUGACCUACGCAGGUCCACAUAACUACUGGAAAGUGAUGGAAGGUAUCUUCAUGAAACCUAGUGAACCUCCACGGACUGACUUCACUCACUCCGAGUUAUGAUAGGACUCAGACUGGUCUAGGUCUUUCAGUCUUCUUAACCAUACAGUGUUGACUUCCCUGAGGAUUUCUCCAGGGUCCCACAAAGUACACUUUGAAGAGCAAUUAACAGUGAAAUAUGGGGCACAGUUUGGAUGUUGCACCCUUGUGUCAUUUAUUAUUAUUAUUAUUGUUAUUUCAUAUUUUAUGUUAUGGCAGCAAAGGGCCGGACUGAUCCGUGAGCAUGACUGCAGUUGAAAAAAAUAUCAUUCUGUAUUAUCGUCUCUGCAGCAAAUGGUUUUUAAAAUUAUAUUUAAAAAAAUUCAAUU